AUGGGUUCUCGUUCUACUUCGAGUGCUUCCAGCCGACGCCCGCCACCUCCUGUGUACGAGAACCAAGACGAAGAUCAAGAUUCGAGUUUAGUGCGUACGACGGAAAAGGAAGACUUCGAAGAGGAGCGAGAGCAAGCAUUUCUCUUUCAAGCACUCGAGUAUGGAUGCAUGACGUUGUGUUGUGCGACGGCUGCCACGCUGGCACUGUGGAUCCUCUACCUGGGCCGCAAGGGAGGCAUGGAGCAUGCACUCCAGCGGCGAUCGCUGGAACUGAGCCACUCGGUGGUCACGAGCAGCGGCAGCUUGCGCGGGGUGUGGGUGGACGACGGCAACAACGGCACCGUGCUGGCCUUCUUCGGCGUGCCCUACGCCGAGCCCCCUCUGGGCGCCGCCCGGUUCCAGAGACCCACGCCCGUGCGACCAUGGAACGGCGAGCUGAGAGCCACGUUCAAGGCGCCACCUUGCCCGCCGCAAUGGCUGCGCUCCGCAGAACGGACGCAGGGCAAGCCGAGUCCUGAGUGGACCGAGGACUGCCUGCACGUCAACCUGUGGACUCCGGGAUUGAGCCCGGCUAAACUGCGGCCAGUGGUGGUGCUCCUGCACGGCGGCCACUUUACGCACGGCUCCAACAGGCAGCGCCAAUACGACGGAGCUCAGAUGGCCACACGCUGUGACUGUGUCGUCGCCGUGCCAAACUACAGACUGGGCGUGUUCGGGUUCCUGUUCGGCAACGUGUCCGGCUUCCCUGGCAACCAGGGCCUUUGGGACCAGCACCUUGCCAUUCAGUGGCUCAAGCGAAAUGCCGCUGCCUUCGGCGGAGACCCACGAAGCCUGGUACUUUGGGGCGUCGACGCUGGCGCCAUCAGCGCCGGACUGCACAUCCUGUCACCGUUGAGUGGCAGUGCGCUCAUCUCGAGGGCAGUGCUUCAGGGCGGCUCGCCUCUGUCUUGCCUCGGGGAGAGCGCAGACGCCGAGAAUGUGCGGUUCACUGUGCACAAGCUCUGGGCGUCUCCCGACGAGACGGCGGAAGACGAGCGUCGCGCCCUGGCCUGCCUACAGGCGGCGCUCGCAUCGGCACUGGUGGCGCUUCCCGUGGACGACUAUUUCGCGCAGACGCUGAGCCCGUUCCUGCCCACGUACGGCGAUCCCCUGGUGCCCGUGGACCCCAAGAUACUGGCAUCCAGCAGGCGGCCCCUUCCGGUUUCGGGCGCCCCGCUGUCGGUGCUGGUGGGCUUCACGCGGGGUGAAGGGCAGCACUUCCUCGCGCGUUUCCUGGAUGCCUCGACGAACGGCUCGUGGGCGCACUUCACGCCGGACCAGCACCGCAGCACCGUCUCUGCCCUGUUCACGUUCACCUUCGGCGAGGAGAUCCUGGAAGCCGAGAACCUGCGCACAGACCUGGACUCGCUGAACGAUGCGCGCCGCGUGUUCCGCCACUACGGCGCCCUGCUGGACGACGCGCUGUACGUGUGUCCGGCGCUCGCGUUCGCCGAUUACCUGUCCGACGCGGCCCUGGUGCACGUGUACGAGUUCGCGCUCGUCGACCACGAGAACGGCACGCCAGCCGAGGCGCCGACGACGCACAGUGACGACUUCCACGCUGCCUUUCAUGACGGCGCCGGUUCUCAAGGCGUGCAAGCAUUCAACGACGCCGUCCUCUCCUUCAUCAGCGCAGGGUAG